CAAGCAUAUUAGUUCUAGCUAGAGAUGCCAAUCAAUGGAAGGUACUACCAAAGACCGCUCUUUGCACGUGAUCAUAUCAACAAGCAGCAUGCUAUGGAUAAAGUAGAAGGAAAGGGAGAAAAGUUUUGUGCUCAGGAGAUGUUUGAAUACUUCAGUUGCUCACAGCGAAAUAGAAAUAACAUCGAUUCUUGUCGAGGAGAAGCUGAUGCUAUCAGACGUUGCAUGAAUAAAACAUUUAAAGAUAUAACAGCUAAACAAAUACCGUUAAGGACGCAGCAGUUUCUGAAAUUACCUAGAAUGGUGAAUAAGAUGAAACAUCUGAAAUGAACAAUUGUAACUGAAGUGUCACAUCACUUCAAACAUCUAACACAACUCUAAACGCCCUUGCCUUGAUACCUGAAGAUGUACGAUUGUUGUUACUUUUUGUUGGUUAUUCAAUUUCCAUCAAAACCAGAGAAGUUUUUCAGAGUUCUAUGAUCAAGAGACAUACUUUAGGGAAAUUCGAAUAUUGAAUAUGAAAGUAUACGCUUGUGGUUUGUUACUGUUUUUAUACUGUUAAUUUAUUGAUUUCAUUUCACCUUUAUUGUGUCGAAUGUUUAAAUACUCAGUUCAGUGAGGCCUGUAAUUUUCAACAACCACCCUCUGCUCCAGUUUAUUAAUUUAAAUCAGUUGAAAAACUGAAAUUAUAUAAUAUAAACUGGUUAAACUUGCCUCAUAUUAAUGAACUAACAAAUUCUUCACUGCUUACACUAACAAGUUCUUCAUCAGAUGACAGAAAAAGUACCCCGCGAACAGGUUGUUGUUGAGGAGAUCCUAAAAGAGCACAAGAUAACCAGAUACCAGCCAGGAGUAGUGAACUACCUAAUGGACUAUGUGUACUGCUACCUCCAAACGGUCCUGGAGGAUGCUAAGAUCUACUCUGAACACGCAAACAAGAGACAUGUAGAUCUGGAUGAUCUACAGCUAGCGGUUAACCUAACCCUGGAUAAAACCCACAACACCGUGCCCAGUAAGGAGUUCUUGCUGAAGCUAGCUAAAGAUAAGAACAGUCAGCCACUACCACCUCUACCAGAGGGUAGAUGUGGCAUUAGGUUACCCCCGGAUAGGCUUUGUUUGACUAACGCUACUAUUAAUGUCAGGAACAAUCAGAAGGCUCUUCCAGAACCAGUUUAUAGGAACUUUAGUAGUAGUUUUGGGAUAAAGUCAGAGCCGUUGCCACCACCAGUGGCCCCCGCUAACCCGUACUCUACAUUCACUCAGCAGUUCCAGGAGGCAGAGAAUGUGGGAUUCCAGCAGAAACACUAUAGUGGACAGGUGUAUGGUAAACGGAAACACGAUCAGAUGGAUUUAGAUGAUUAUGAUAUGUGAGGGAGUUUUCAGAAAACAUGUCCCGUCAUCAGAAUGUCACGUGAUCAUAUUAACACGUCAGGUGAUCAGAUUAAGCGAGGUUAUAAUUUGUUGUUGGAGCUAGCUGUGUAAUUCGAGUGAAAGUGAAACGUUCGUCUUGAUACGGAAUUCUACGAAGGAAGUUAUUCGAUGGAACAUUUAAGCAUUUAUAAAUAUUAAAUAAGCAUACAGUCGAAUGUGAUUCACGUACUCAGUACUCUAGUUCGACACGCACUUUAGUUCGACAACUUAAGUUCGCCAGAUAUCACCCCUGUCGAACUUCGGUACAUGACGAACUAGAGUCCAGGUAGCUUACUCUAGUUCGACAAAUAGUUGCUGCUUGUGAUCCAACGGCUAUUGCCGGGUCCUCAUCGUAGGAUCACCCGGUUCAAUGGCAGAUAAAACAAUUUUCUGACAUUUAGCAACCAGCGAUUAGAAAUUCCAGAACCUUUCAGUAUAGUUUGAAUUCUCCUGUUUGCCACUUGGUUCUGGUCUAGCUAACAGGACCAUAGAUUGAUAUCCGACUGUUUCCGGUUCAGCAGCCAAAUCUCUAGACCGUUACUCGGUUUCUAGUCGUUUGUGAUAAUAUAAAGUGCGGUAUGUGGUAGAUAUUUAUAUAGCGUACUCUGCAAUCUAGAUCUAUAAAACGGAGUACGAGUUACCACGAUAGUCUUUUAUCUCUCCACUAAGUCUACAAUUCUGCUAACUAACAAUUGAGUCUGAGGUCAAUUAAAUGUUCAUAAAUAUGGAUUAUAAAGAUUACAUUCACACAUAGUUGAACAGCAUGAAACAAGUGUAAAACUAACAAUUAGAUUUCAAGCUCGUAAAGGAUCGUUGCUUGAGAUCAGAGAUUUCAAAAAUCUAGUUUGACAGUCGAAGUUAUCUUUUCGAACUUUAGUACGUGUCGAACUUGAGUCCAGGUAAAGCACUUAAGUUCGACAGAGUCGAAUCUUAGGGUUUGCCGAACAUUAGGGUUUCUCGAACUACAUUACGUGUCGAACUAAAGUGCGUGUAAUAAUUUGCUAGUGGUGCCAUCGCGACAUUUGUAAACAACAUAAGCUCAGUAAACACCUUAAAACAAAUUUAUGAAAUAUCGAAUUCGAUAUCAGAUCCAAGUUUAAUACGUUUGUCGUUUAACUACAAGAUUUUGAGUUUUUGAUAAUUAUAACAAAAAAUGCUCAACUGUAAAAAUAAUGCUUCCUGGCUUACUUCGAUCUGUAAUCUUUCAGACGAGUGUCUGAUCCAAACAAUAUUGACUACUAAUUCCUUACUGCCCUGUUUACAUAGUUUACAUAUUUUCUCUUGAAGAGGAGAGUUUUAAAAGUGCUACAAAUUGUUU